UCCUCAAGGAAGUUAGGCCAAUAGGCCUAAAGGCUUCCAAGCGGGCACGACUUAGAGUCCGCUGAGAGCUGUGCGACGCUGCGCAGUCGACUGAGUUGAUGGACACAUGGGACGAAAGAAGAAUAAGCAGGCUGCACAGGUACAAGAGUCACAAGAGGAGACACAACCUGAGCAGUUCGAGGCUCCAGUAGACAAGUAUGAGUCUUCGUCCGAGCCCGAUCUGGAGCCGAAGCAUCAUGACAUCGAUCCAGACAUCCAGCAGCUUGCCUACACCUUCAAGAUUGAUCCCGGGCUCACGCAGAAGCUGAACAACAUCAUGAUCGAAAAGAGGAUGAACACAUGGGAGCAAGAUUUGGAGCGGUUGUACGAAAUUCUUAAGGAUGCUCACACCCCUGCUGCAAUGCUCAACCUCAAGGUGAAGGACAUGCAGAAGGGGACCUUUGUGGGGAAGGCCAAGUGCGGCCCAAGAGUUCGUGACCUUGCACGCAGGCACAGGCUCGACAAAGGAGCCGCCACCAAGCUGGAAGAGGCCAUGUCAAUGAGGGAAGCGAUGGGGAAGGAUGUCGAGAAGGACAUCGUUUUGCUGGAUGAGCACCUCACGGCCUCCAACAAACCGUCAGCCUUGAUUAGCAUGAAGUUGGAGAGCCUGCGAAAGGGCUACAACAUCGGGCACUGCAUCUACAGCCGUGAGCCGGUGAUGGGCAACACGGGGCCGGGUGUGGACGGGGUGGUGGACAAGAAGGGCCGCGUGCGGGUCCUGGGCUACACGGACGCGGACCUCAACAGCCGCUUCGCCAGCGGGGACGGCAAGGGCGAGCAGCUGAUGGACGAGGAAACGGUGCGGAAGCUCAUGGCAGUGGAGAAGCGGAGGGCCCUGGCCACCGGGCGCCUGGAGAAGAACGAGGCCGCGCUGAACCUCAAGGCCGCCAAGGCGGCCAAGGCUGCGGACCGCUCCAGUCGCCGCAGCGGCAGCCCCAAGGCUAGCCGCAGCCGGAAGGCGAAGUGCAGCAGCAGCCGCAGCCGCAGCCGCAGCCGCAGCCGCCGCAGGCGCAAGCGCUCCAGCUCCAGAAGCUCGAGCUCAAGGAGAAAGAAGAAGAAGGAAAAGGUGGAGAAAGCCAAGGACAAGGGCGAGAAGGGCGAGAAGGGCGAGAAGGGCAAUGACAAGGACAAAGACAAGAAGGGAAAGGCAAAGGAUAAGGUGAAAGAGAAGGACAAGGCCAAGGAUGGCAAGGACAAAAAGAAAGAAUAGCUGCAACCAGGUGAGCGAGCUAGCUGUUUCACCGAGCGGGUGCCGGCUCGCUCCAGAUCCGGAAGGCUUUCCUGCAAAUACCUCGGCAAGUUGCAGAUGGGUGGCCGAAGCAGCGCGAAUUCAUGCGUGGCUGCAUUCUCGCAUCGUGUCAGGGCA